UGCUCUUGCCAUAACCCUGGAAUCCCGUGCCCUCCCCUCAGCCCCGUGUGUCGCCCCGUGUCCAUGGACCAGGCGCCGGGCUGGAGGACCCCCCCCACCUCAAGCUGCUGCUGCUGCCUUGGUUUCUCUGGGAUUGAAGGUGCUCCAUGAGCCAGGGCCCCCCAAAUGAGUCAAACGGCCAAUUCCUGCCAGCAGCUGGUUGAGAACUGCCCGGCGCCCGUGGCGGGGAUGGCACAGGAGGACGGUCGCCGCGGGCAAGUGCCACCCACCUUCUACCACGGGGCCAGCCAGGAGCUCGACCUGUCCACCAAGGUGUACAAGAGGGAGUCAGGGAGCCCCUACUCGGUGCUGGUGGACAGCAAAAUGAGCAAACCCCACCUCCACGAGAGAGAGGAGCAGCCUUAUUUCAGGGAGAACAGAGCGGUAGGAGAGGUCCGGGCUGUGAAAGAAGACAGAGAAAACUCUGACGACUCUGAGGAGGAAGAGGAGGAGGAAGAUGAAGUGACUUACAAAAGGGAGCAGAUUAUAGUAGAGGUAAACCUUAACAACCAAACCUUAAAUGUAUCAAAAGGGGAGAAGGGUGUCCCCUCCCAGUCCAAAGAGACUGCUGUUCUUAAGACCAGCAGUGAGGAAGAGGAGGGUGACAGUGGGGAAGAGGCCACUGAAGACAGUAAUGAUUAUGAGGAAAAUGAGAGGCAGAAGAAAAAAGAGAAAAGAGUGGAAAAAGUUAGUGUUGCACAAAGGAGAACGAGGAGAGCUGCCUCUGCUGCAGCAGCCACCACCUCCCCACCACCCAGAACUACAAGGGGUCGUAGAAAGAGUGUGGAGCCCCCCAAGCGUAAGAAGAAAACUGCAAAGGAGCCCAAGGCACCUGUGCAGAAAUCAAAGUGUGAAGAGAAGGAGACUUUAACCUGUGAGAAGUGCCCCAGGGUGUUUAACACACGCUGGUACCUGGAGAAGCACAUGAACGUCACUCACAGGCGAAUGCAGAUCUGCGACAAAUGUGGGAAGAAAUUUGUGCUAGAAAGUGAGCUGUCCCUUCACCAGCAAACUGACUGUGAAAAAAAUAUCCAGUGUGUUUCCUGUAACAAAUCCUUCAAGAAGCUCUGGUCCCUCCAUGAACACAUCAAGAUUGUCCAUGGAUAUGCAGAGAAGAAGUUCUCCUGUGAGAUCUGUGAGAAGAAGUUCUACACCAUGGCCCACGUGCGGAAACACAUGGUUGCACACACCAAGGACAUGCCAUUUACAUGUGAAACCUGUGGAAAGUCCUUCAAGCGCAGCAUGUCCCUCAAGGUCCAUUCCCUGCAGCACUCGGGGGAGAAACCCUUCCGCUGUGAGAACUGUGAUGAGAGGUUCCAGUACAAGUACCAGCUGCGCUCCCACAUGAGCAUCCACAUUGGGCACAAGCAGUUCAUGUGCCAGUGGUGUGGCAAAGACUUCAACAUGAAGCAGUACUUUGAUGAGCACAUGAAAACACACACUGGUAAGAGCUUGUUGAAGGAGAAACCACAAGUACCUUGGCAGAACACUUCCCUUCCUUGGGAUUUGGGGUUAUCCGACUGGAAAAUCAGACAGGAGAGGUUAAUGCACCCCCUUAAAGGUGAAAUCUGUAGGGCUGGGACUCACUGUGAGGAAAGGGAGAGGUCAGACCUGGGAUUUUGGCCUGAAGGAGCCCCUUGCCAGUGCCCUUACAAAGGAUUGUUUCAGGCAUCAAAAUCCCAAGGUGAGGGAGGAAUUCCCACAGUCUGA